GACUCUAGUAGAGACAGGACGCAGCUCACCGCACAGCCGGGCGCACCCAAAUCCCCAAACCCUAGCGGACGCGCGCACGCACGCGGCACCAUGGCGGCGGCGGCGGCGCAGCAGAAGAUCCGGUGGGGGGAGCUAGAGGAGGACGACGGAGGGGACCUCGACUUCCUCCUCCCGCCGCGGGUCGUGGUCGGGCCCGACGAGAACGGGCUCAAGAAGGUGAUCGAGUACCGCUUCGACGACGACGGCAACAAGGUCAGGGUCACCACCACCACCCGCGUCCGCAAGCUCGCGCGGGCGCGCCUCUCCCGCAGCGCCAUCGAGCGCCGCCAGUGGCCCAAGUUCGGCGACGCCCUCAAGGAGGACGCCGGCUCCAGGCUCACCAUGGUCUCCACCGAGGAGAUCCUCCUCGAGCGACCCCGCGCACCAGGGAGCAAAGCUGAGGAACCAGCUGCAUCCGGUGACCCACUGGCUAUGGCGAGCAAGGGAGGUGCUGUUCUCAUGGUUUGCAGAACCUGUGGGAAGAAGGGCGAUCACUGGACCUCAAAGUGUCCCUACAAGGACCUUGCACCACCGACUGAAACUUUCACGGACAGGCCUCCUACGUCCGAUGGCCCUCCUGCACCAGGCGGUCCUGUGAAGGGAGCAUAUGUGCCCCCAACCAUGAGAGGUGGUGCUGAUAGGACCGGAGACGUGAUGCGCCGCAGGAACGACGAGAAUUCCGUCCGUGUCACCAAUCUCUCGGAGGACACCCGUGAGCCUGACCUCCUUGAGCUCUUCCGUGCGUUUGGCCCUGUCAGCCGUGUCUACGUCGCGGUGGAUCAGAAGACUGGGUCGAGCAGGGGGUUUGGGUUUGUCAACUUUGUUCACAGAGAGGACGCGGAGAAGGCGAUCAGCAAGCUCAAUGGGUAUGGUUAUGAUAACCUUAUCCUCCGAGUCGAGUGGGCGACGCCAAGGCCCAACUAGUUUUGCCGCUACUUGCUAGAAUUGCAUAUUUCUGUCUUGAAUUAUAUCAGUAUGGUUGUUUGAAACACUAGUACCUGUGCCAUGGGGGCGUAUCCUGUCGUAAAAACCUGCUGUUGUCUGUGUUUUGGUUGGACGAGAAUAAUUAUAUACUCGCUGUUGUUUUUAAUUUGAGUUCACAUGUCGUUUGUUGUCA